GCUGGGAAGAAUAUUAAACAAAUAUGUAUACUUUGUGUACGCCAAUACAUCGCCGCUUCGUAGAAGAGAGAAUACUUUUCCUUUGCGUAUUCUUGGCUUCAAAAUCUUGAUCAAAUAUCACAUUAAGCGCUUACAGGAAAUGGAAUGACGGCAAGUCGAAUCAUUGAAUUGAAAAAUGUUAGUGGUGAGGAGUUGGAAGAAUUCCUCACACUCCUAUCUAUAUCCGCAAUACUCAACUUAUCGUCUCAUACUACUUUUUUUGUUACGUCACGUGAAUAUCAUGAACUCCUCCCACGCUCCCACAUCGAAGAAGGUAUUUGCUACACAUUUAAUGUAAACGCCACAGAUCUUUACCGCGAAUAUUCCUUUCAGUGUCAUCGAAUAGUUCGAAAGGGGUGGCGAUCUGAAGCGAGUUUCCCUGAGGUAAACCGAGCAACAACGGGCGGGUCACAUCGCGGUCAUACGCAACCGCACAGGGCAACAACAACAAUGGCCGGCGUAACAACAGCCGCAGCGUUUUACAGCCGCCAAGCAACAACAACAACAACGGGCGGCAACUACAAAUCCCGACCCCAGAGUGGUCACAUCGCGGUCAUACGCAACCGCACGAGGCAACAACAACAACGGCCGGCUUAACAACAGCCGCAGCGUCUUACAACCGCCAAGCAACAACAACGAGCGGCAACUACAACGACCCCGACCCCAGAGUGGUCACAUCGCGAUCAUACGCAACCGCACGAGGCAACAACAACAACGGCCGGCUUAACAACAGCCAAGCAACAACAAUAACAACGGGCGGCAACUACAAAUCCCGACCCCAGAGUGGUCACAUCGCGGUCAUACGCAACCGCACGGGGCAACAAAAACAACGGCCGGCUUA